AUCGAGGCCAGUGUGGGACAGUGCCGUAGCAGUAUUCACGGUGCAAUAACGUUACUGGGCGAUUUCAUUCGUCGUCUCGCGAUUAGGCGCGGCGGAACACACGAGAGUAGAGCGGGGGAGAGGAAGAAUCCGUUGCAGUGUCGUCGGGGCGGCGUCCGCGUUGCGUCGCUCUCGCGAAACACUGUUUCUCCGUCGCGCUCCCAAGGAACUAUUUGAAAAUGGCGCGGGCAAUAAGGGCCGUGGCCACCGCAUUCGGCGUCGUCUCGUGAUCCAGCGCAUCCCGGGAGUUGCUUCGUCGAUCGGAUCUGAACGAGAGUUGUUUACGUGAACACCGCGGUACAGUGGUGUAGUUGGUGCGCCCGUUUUUCGUUCGGGAGCGAGAACCGGCUGCUGAGGACCAAGCCCCAUCCCCUGUCGAUCGCCCGUGUCAUUGUUCGCCGUACGCGGCUUCCUCGGUGCGUCGCGUUGUAAGCCGCACUCGUAUUCCACAGAUUGCAUAGGAAUGAAUAAUCUUGGCAAGAUUGGAGUCUAACCGUCUUUUUAAACACCCACCGCUGUAUUGGUUCAAUUGGGUCAAUUAUGCGUCUUACUGCAGAGCACUAUUUUCGAAAGACGCAUCAUUCCGUACGUGGUUGUGGCUUUCUACGGUAAUCGAUGAGACGUUCGAGCUGCGCACACAUUUCGGCUCCAUUCGCGCUUCGCCGAUUGAAAAGAUCGUGAUUCCGAACGUCGCACAAAGCGGAAGAAGCAAUCUAUCCGUACAAAUAUAGAGCGAAAACAUGCCGGAGGAACAGAAAACGGUCGCUGCUCCGCCAGAAGCGACCGCGGAAAAUGGAACCGACACGAAUUCUCCGACAAAGAGCCCGGUUAACAAGGGAAAACUGGCUCUCGCCAAAAUCACCCUCCUCGAUGGCACUGUAAAGGAUUUCUACAUCGAUAGAAAGGCCAAGGGCCAAGAACUUCUCGACCUGAUUUGUCAAAGUAUGAAUUUGCUGGAGAAGGAUUACUUCGGUCUUAUCUACGAAGACAGACACGAUCCGCGCAAUUGGUUGGAUCUUUACAAAAGGGUCACAAAAUUUGUAAAAACCGAGCCGUGGAAGUUUAAUUUCGAGGUGAAAUUCUAUCCGCCGGAUCCGGCGCAAUUACAGGAAGACAUCACUCGUUAUCAGCUGUGCUUGCAAAUCAGAAACGACAUCAUUACAGGGCGCUUGCUUUGCUCCUUCGUGACACACGCGCUCUUGGGCUCUUAUCUAGUUCAAUCAGAAGUCGGAGAUUACGAUCCUGAAGAGCAUGGAAGGACCUAUUUAAAGGAUUUUAAAUUCGCACCCAACCAAACGCCCGAAUUAGUCGAGAAAGUGAUGGACCUCCACAAAACGCACAAAGGUCAAACACCAGCCGAAGCCGAACUGCAUUAUCUGGAAAAUGCAAAGAAGCUAGCUAUGUACGGUGUGGAUCUUCAUCCAGCCAAGGAUUCGGAAGGCGUUGAUAUAAUGUUGGGCGUAUGCGCUUCGGGUCUUCUUGUUUAUAGGGAUCGUUUAAGAAUUAAUAGAUUCGCCUGGCCAAAGAUAUUAAAGAUAUCUUACAAGAGACAUAAUUUCUACAUUAAAAUCAGACCGGGUGACUUCGAACAGUUCGAGUCCACAAUUGGAUUCAAAUUGGCAAAUCACAGAGCAGCGAAAAAGCUGUGGAAAGUUUGCGUGGAGCAUCAUACUUUCUUCAGGCUUAUGAGUCCGGAGCCUGUGAAGAAAGUGGGAUUGAUUCCGCAUCUGGGAUCCCGUUUUCGAUAUUCUGGAAGAACUCAUUACGAAACGAAAAAGACUCCUAUCGAUAGACAACCUCCGCAAUUCGAGAGAUCUUUGAGUGGCCGACGACUCGCGUCCAGAAGCAUGGAUGCAUUAGGUGGACCCAAGCCAGUGGAAACGUACGGUUCCGAGCCAAGCAAACGGCAUACCAUGAGCUACGAGCCUGAAAUGCUUCCUGACGAUAUAGAGCACAUAGACCGACGGCCUAGCCCGAUCAAGAAGCAAAAGGAGAAGCUCACACGAAAAACAAGUGCUGGAACAACAUCAGCUAGCAGCACCAGUAGCCUGGAAGGAGAAUAUGACGCAGAUCGUGGGAGAAAGAAACCGGUCGGAGGAAUCGCUGUCCUACCGCCCGGUGGUCUAUCAAAGAAGAAGAAGGAUAAACAGAAUGAGAACGAAAAAGAAAAUCACAAUGAUUUAAAUAAUUCUGAUCUGAUUAAUGACAAUGCUCGUCUCGACAAAAUCGACGACAAACCGUUGUCUAAAAAAGAAUUGAAAAAGAAGGACAAAGAGACCCCCGAAAAAACGGAUAAAGAAAAGAAGGAAAGAAUCAAGAGUCCCGUCGGCGCUUUCCUGUUUGCUAAGAAGGAUAAGGAUAAGGAUAAGAAACAGAAAAAGAAUAAAGAGCUCGACGAAUCUGUGGAAAAGAGCGAUGUCGAGUCGAAUCUUUCGACGUUGGAGAAGCAAGAGAAAGACGCCGAUAAAAAGGCAGACGCGGAAAAGAUAGUGCAGGACCCGACGAAAUCCCCUCAGCUUCCUGGUUACACGAAACCUUACGAUUACGAAGAAACGGAGGCCACGAAAAAGCCGUUCACCCCGCACGGCUUCACGUACGAAGAUAGACCCGCGUCGCCGGGAGUGCAGGAUCAAGCAUCGCCGACUAGUCGAAAAGCUACGGGAUUGGCGUUCAACUAUGCGCCGGGAGAGGAGAAAAAGGUGGCGGAAUCGGCGGAAAAGAGGAAAACGAAAGAGGCGGACAAACUGGCGCCGGGAUUGAAGACACCCGGGCUGAAUUAUGUGGAAUCGGCCGGCCUGAAGGAGCAGCAGAAGAACGCCGCGAAGCCAAGCACCGAGAAGGAUCACGCGACGGCUUUGAUCGCCGGUGAGCGUGAACACGAUGUCGUCACUCGGCCAACGGUGCCGCCGCCGCCGGAACCCAAGGCGGACCGUCACAUUCUGCCCCUUCCCGAUCGCUCGAGGGUCAUCGGCGGCGUGAUCUACGCCAAGGAGGGAAGGCCGUUGGACCAGAGCCAUCUCGGACCGGACAACGGCAAGGUGAUAGACGGCAAGGUUUGCGGAAAGGACAACAGUCCGCUGAAGAAAGGUGAAUUCGGGCCGCACGGACUUCACAUCAGUAACGGCCUGAUCACGGGAAAGGAUAACAAGCCCGUCGAGCAGGAGAUUCUGGGCACGGAUAGGAAUUCCAUAAAGAACGGAGUUAUUUAUUCUUCCAGUGGCGAAGCGGUGAAACAGUCCUUCCUCGGGCCGGAUCAUGCGGUGAUCAAGGAGGGAAGAGUGCUGAAGGGCGGCAAACCGGUGCAACAUUGUCAAUUAGGCGCGGACGGUACGUACGUUAAGGAGGGUCUCAUAUUCACGGCGGGCCACAAGCCGCUGACUCAGGGAUCGUACAACACGGACGGAAACUACAUAGUCGCCGGUAUAGUGUGCAACGAAGAGGGCAGGCCCUUGAAUCAAAUUGCGGUUGUGCCCGAUGAGACGUUCAUCUGCGACGGCUUGAUUCACGGACGGGACGGGAAACCGCUCGGCACCGGAAAAUUAGGCGUCGACGGCCAUUACGUCGCGGAGGGUAAGAUUUAUUCCAAGGACGGCAAACCGAUCAGAAGCGAGUCCUUCAGCUCCGACGGAUCCGUCGUGAAGGACGGCAUCGUUUACUCGAAAGACGGGAAAUUCUUGACUCAAGGAUCCCUGCUGCCGUCCGGUGCUCACUUGAAGGAUGGAAAAGUCGUCGGAAAGGACGGCAAGCCGAUUAAGCACACAUUUUAUAAAUCGGACGGCAGCUUCGUGAAGGACGGCGUGAUAUACGCAAAGGACGGCAGACCACUGAGUCAAAUUCCAUUGAUAGCAGAUGGCAAUUCCAUCAGAGACGGAUUGGUGCACGACAGAAACAACAAGCCGCUGAUUCAGAGUCUCUUCAAGCCCGACGAUCUUACAAUCAGAGACGGCAUUUUGCGCAACGCGGACGGCACGGCGCUGUCGAAUGCCGUUCUCGGCGCGGACAGAUUAACGAUAAAGGACGGCGCUGUUCUAAGCAAAGACGGCAAACCGGUGAAGCAGGAGUCGUUCGGUUCGAACGGCAGUUACAUAAAGAAGGGUGUCGUUUACGCGAAGAACGGAAAGCCGCUCAAUCAGGAUUCGUUGGUGCCCGAAGGCGCGGCCAUUAGAGACGGCAAAGUGUACAGCAGGGACGGCAAGCCGCUCAAGUUCUCGUUCUUCAAACCCGACGGCAGUUACGUGAAGGACGGUCUGAUUUUCGGCAGCGAUGGUAAACCGCUCAACUUGCACGCGGCCCUGCCGGAAGACAGCUUCAUCGCCAACGGCGUGAUAUUCGACUAUCUGGGGAAACCCUUGAGCAGAGAAACAUUCGGCUCCGACGGCUCGUACGUCGCCGGUGGAUUGGUUCACGGGAAGGACGGCAGGAUCGUGGCGCAAGGUGUGUUCGGUCCGGACGGCAACACGAUUCGCAACGGCGCCGUCAUCGGCCGGGACGGCAAGCCGUUGACGCAGGACGACAAAGGCCCGGACAAUCUGGCGGUGAGCAACGGCAAGAUCGUGGACAGCCACGGGAAUCCGAGGAAUCUACCGUCGUUAAUACCCGACGGUUGUUACAUACAAGACGGAGUGGUGUACGACAAGAACGGGCAGCUGUUGAAGCAAGGCGCGUUCAAACCGGACGGAUGUUACAUCCGUGACGGCCUCGUCCACGGCUGGGGCGGUCAACUGCUGAACGUGGGUUCCGAAUUGCCCGGCGGCAGCUACAUCGAGGAAGGUAGGAUAUACGGCAAGGACGGCAAACCCUUGAAUCACACCGCGUUCGGUACCGAGGGCAGCUUCAUCGAGAACGGCAUUGUUUACGGGAGGGACAAGGCGCCGCUCGGCCACGGCACACUUGGCAACGACGGCAGUUACAUACAAAACGGCCUGCUGUACGGGCCGAACGGGAAGCCGCUGAGCAAGAGGCAAACUAUAAUCACGGUCACGCUCGUUCGUUACGGCUUGGUGUGCGACAACGACGGCAAGCCGCUGAAGUUUGGCAAUUUCGACGAUGAGGGCAGCGUGAUCAGAAACGGCAGGAUCUACAAUCCCACCGGUGGAUAUCUGAAUCAAGAUGCUUACGGUCAGGACGGCAGUUUCAUCAAAGACGGCUUGAUUCACGGACGCAACGGGAAGCCCCUCUCGCAGGGCGCUCUGCCGGCGGAAGGUAGUUUCGUCAAGAGCGGCAAGAUUUACGACGCAGGCGGCCAGCCGUUAACUCAGGAAGCAUUCGGGCCGGAAGGUCUGAAGGUCAUACAGGGAGUCGUGGUGGACAAAACCGGCAAGCCGGUGAAGCAGGCGGACUUCGACGGCGAAGGGAACGUCGUCAAGGACGGAAUAAUUUGCGCGGCCACCGGCAAACCGCUCGACAAACACUUCACCACCGUCACGAUCACGAUGGUGCGUAAAGGAUUGGUGUGCGACAAGGACGGCAAGCCUAUCGCCCGUGCGCCGUUCGGCACCGACGGUGGCUACGUUAAAGACGGCAAGAUACACGACAAGUUCGGAAAGCUGUACAAUCAGGAACUGUUCGGCGAGGAUGGAUCGUACGUGAAGAACGGCGUGAUACUCCAGAACAACGGCCAGCCGGCGGACAGCACGACGAUUCUCAAGGACCUGCAAGAACCGCCGAAGUCCGUCUCCACGAAGCUGAAGAAACCCGCGAUCCCGGCUACGAUACCCACAAUCGUGAAAACGACGACUAAACAAUCGGUGGUGAAGGAUCAGGAAGGCGUGACGCAAAAUAUCCAGGAGAAGAUCGAAGAUCUGACACCAGGUGGCACGGGUCAGGUUACAGUCUCUACUCACGUGAACAAGGCGGAGGCACCGGAUGAUGGUAGAACUCCAUACAUAUCGGCGACAGCUGUCACCACUCGUACCGCCACGAUGCAUGAGGAUCUUGAAAAGAAUCAAAAGACCAGUCAGGUAGAAGAAAAGACUGUAGCGCAUACAACUGCAACUAGUGCAACGAGGCAAGAGCAACGAGUAGUGACGCAAGAGGUUCGAACCACGAGUCACGUGCUUUCCGGCGAACAGCUGUUCUCACGAAGAUUAAGUACGUCGAGCUCGAGCAGUGGAGAUUCAGGCACGCCGAUUGAUCUUGAUGAUGAUCAGCAAGCUUUCUACAAUCAAUAUUAUCAGGGAGAUCCGGCUGUGAUCUUAACUGAGAAGCACGUUUACGCGGGCGAACCAGACAGCAACGUGACAACGACAACUACGGUACCUGUAGUGGCGACGGAGACGAGGAAAGUAGCUCUAGAGAGCGAAGACGGUAACUAUAGCGCCUCGGGAGAGAUAGUCAGCACGCAGACCAUAUCCAGUAAAACUCGUACUGUUGAAACCAUCACGUAUAAAACGGAGAAGGACGGCGUGGUUGAGACGCGGGUAGAGCAGAAGAUCACGAUACAAUCGGAUGGCGAUCCAAUUGAUCACGAUCGGGCUUUAGCGGAAGCAAUACAGGAAGCUACUGCUAUGAAUCCUGACAUGACAGUAGAAAAGAUAGAAAUACAGCAGCAGACGACGCAGUAAUUAUUUAAAAGCUAUUCAUCAUACAUGCAUACGAAAAGGGGCACUCUUGGUCUAUAAACGGCACGAACAAUUUGUAAUCUUUAGAGGUUAGAGAAAGGUAAAUUGGUAUUUACAUAAAUUCGUAUUAUAUAUCGCACGCAUUGCCGAAUGCGUCAUAAAAAGAAACCAGACUGAAAUAUGCUAUAAAAGAUAUGUCGAUAAAUCUUUAAAUAAUCUAUAAAGUUAAUAUAAAAAGCAAGAGAGGAACAAUAUUAAGCUAUAUAUCUUUUUGUUUAAAAAAAAAAAAGGGGUCUGAAAGAAAAAUUUCUGCUUACAACUUGCCCAAAUGAUUCGAGCUUAAACUCGGUUCAAAAUCGAGUUUUUGGUAGUUGGAAAAGAAUGAGAAUAUUGAUGAAAAAAUUUUUAAUGAAGAGAAUGGUACCUCGUACUAUUUAACUACAGUGUUCAUAUUAAAAUAACUAAGAAAGUGUAUUUAUAUGCACGAGAGCAUAAAUAAAUCUUAUAUAUAAUGUAUACAUAGCUAUGUAUGUAUGUAAACAAAUGAAUAAGCUAUUUAUACAUAUAGUUAUGGCGAUAACUAUAGUUAUAAAAGACGGGGUGCCCUGCAACUUAAGAUUUUGAUAACGAGCAUUUCAUAAUGAUAAACACGAAUAUAACUACAAUCACAUACAUAAAAGGUUCUAUAUGAUGCGAUAAUUACAUAAAAUUUUGCAAUGUCGAAAUCCUUGUAGAGUCAAUGAAUCCUAUUGAAAGCAUGUUCCCUCCGAGUUAACUAAAUUUCUCCACCGUUCUCGAAAGAAAAUGUCAUUACUUUCUCUCUUUCAUCUUUGAGUAUAAUAGAUUGCAGACUGUUAAGUAAAAUAUUCUGAUUCACAAUGUUCAUAUAAAGAACCGCACGCACAUAAAGACAGCACGCAUGUCCAAAAUCGAGACAUAAGACAUCUUAAAGACAUCAUUAAGACGUCUUUUAAAUAACGUGUCUAAAAGGCGUCUUAAUGACGUCUUUUAGAUAACGUGUCUAAAAGGCGUCUUAAUGACGUCUUUAAGCCGUCUUAUGUCUCGAUUUUGGACAUGCGUGCUGUCUGGGAAGCGAGUAAUGUAUGUUGUUAUGGAUUUUAUUAAUAUUGAUUUCGCGAAAAGACUUAUCAAAGAUGAAUCGAUAGAAAGUAAUUUUAUAUAAUAGUUAAACAAGAUAUCUCUCUAUAUACGUACUGUCUGUUGUAAUGCUUCAACGCAAUAAGAUAAGCUUUUCGGCAAAAUUAUAUGUAUAGUUUGACUAUCUGUGAAUUGAUAUCGACAAAUGGUUAUUACAUAACAUUGUGUAACAGAAAUCCGGAUCGUCUGAAUAUUAAAUACUAUAUACACAUA